CGAAUAUAGACUCAGGAGCUGCUACUCGAAUACAAUAAUGCAAUCCAACAAAAACAUCUCAAGAUUGCAAACGUUAUCAUAAAGUACGUAGCUUUGAAAUAUAUCAAUGAAUUUGUGUUUGCCUACAACACGGUCUACUACACGAGGCGCACUGAGUGUGUUUGAGACUCACUUGUGUUACCUGUAGUAAAACUGGCGUCCGUGCGGCUCGACCGACCUCAUUUGUGGUUACGGUGCCGAGCUUUGCGCUGAGGGAGGAGACAGUGUAGCGCUUUAUCUUUCAUUGGGUGGCUGGCGCAGCAUCUCAAUGCAACACUCCAUGGGGCUCGGGGCAAUUGAUUCCGCGUAAUGCUCAAAUCACAGUGAAGGCGACGGCACAGCAGAGGCUGGCAAGACCCUUCGUCCACCAUUUUACCAGUUUUUUUUUUUUAUAGAUGGGCUACAUGUGUAUUUUUUAAACCAAUGGAAGCCGCGGUGAUGAAACCUCAAAUGAUGGCGGACGUCAACUGCAACAAUAAUGCUGUAAACGCGGAGCUGGAGGUCAAAAAACUGCAAGAACUGGUCCGAAAACUGGAGAGGCAAAACGAACAGCUGAGGACACGGGCGAACGCUGUGAGCAGUUGCACUGCCAGCCCCCACAGUUUACAGUCUUCGCCGGCCUGUUUACUUGGGAGUCCUGUCGGAGCAGCCGCUAGCCCGAUUUUCACUGGGAGUUAUUGUAUACCGAGCCCGGUACCUACGCUCUUGUGUCCAACGGCUCUGGACCCUUUUUGCGCUUCAGAGGAACCGUACGCUUAUUUUCACCCGCAUUCUGCUGCGGACACCGAGGCGGAGGAUGUUAGCAGCGGCCCCACAGAACCUACGGUCUUGGAUGAGGUUGAGAUAUUAGACCUAGAUUCCAUUUUCCCUUGCAAUGAGGAAUCUGAAGAUAUCUGGUUGUACGUGUCCCCGAAGGCAAAGCUGUGGUCGGAGUUCUCCCUCAGCCCCUUGCAGUGGUGCAGACAGGUGCUGGACAACCCCAAACCCGAGGUGGAGGCUGCCAAGCGUUCCUUGUGCCACAGGCUGGAGCAGGCCCACAGAUGGAGGGGCGUCUUCUCCGGCCCCGUGUCUCCUGCUCUCCCCUACAGUCCUGUAGCCGGAGUCUCCCCCCUCUACAGCUCCUCUAAGCCCUGCUCUAAACCUGCACUAACAGAAAGAACAGCAUCAUUUUCUUCAUCCAGCCAUUCCUCGCUCCAUCUGACUCUGACACCCAAUGGGAAGGACUGCUCAGGUGUGGCCGAGAGGUCUCCCUCAUUCCUCUAUCACUCAGCCAGUCACAGUUAUCUUCGCCGGCGCCCUCCCCUCAGUCCCCAGUCGUCAAUCGACAGCGAGCUCAGCACAUCAGAACUGGAGGACGACUCCAUCUCUAUGGGCUAUAAGCUGCAGGACCUGACGGACGUGCAGAUCAUGGCACGGCUGCAGGAGGAGAGUCUGCGGCAGGACUACGCCACUACCUCUGCCUCUGUUAACCGCCGCAGUGCCAGCUUCUCUCACCGUGGGGGACGGCGGGGUACCAUCAGCGAGCUGGAGGUGGAGGCGGAGGAGGACGACGAGGAGUAUGACCAGCUGCCUCCCCCCCAGCCCCGCCUGGCCCGCACCGGGCCGCUGCAGCGUAGCCUCUCCCACUCCCACACCUUCUCCAGCAUGAGAGACUGCCGCCGCAGCCCCUCGGCCCCACAGUACCUCAGCAGCCUCGCCUACCAGCAGUACUCUGGCUGCACGCCCGAGGCUCAGAACCAAAGGGCCAAUGCAGGAUCUCCUGUUUGGAAUCAAGCUGAAUAUGAGAAUAAGCUGCGGAGAAGCAUGCCCAACCUUGUGCGAGCUCCCAGCAUGCCCAGUGUCCCGUGCGUGCCCAGCGUUACGAGCCCUGCCGGUCACACCAGUUCCCCCUCCUCGAUCCGCAACAGCCAGAGCUUCGACUCCUCCAAUGGGCUGGCCAGGCUGCAGUCCUCAAUUCCAUCCCCAGGUCAGCUGCAGCAUCGUGUCCAUAGCGUGGGGAAUUUCCCAGUGGCGUCACGGCCACCCCUGAAGGCGACAGCCUACGUCAGCCCCACCGUGCAGGGUCCCACCGCCAUGCCCACCUCCGUCAGUUUGCAGUCCAUUUCCAGCAGCAGUAUACCCCUCCCGAACAAACCCAGCACCCCGUCCACCCCUGGCCGCAGCGGCCUGCCCCGGCCCGCCUCCAUCAUCGGCUCCAGCGCUAUCCCUCGAAGCAAGAUCGCUCAGCCUGUGCGCAGUUUACUGACACCUCCAAAGAGCCUCGCCGCUCUCAGCGCCCUGCGGGAUGGCAGCUGGAAAGACGGAUGCUACUGACGGCACAGAGGUGGAACCGGAACACGGAGAGAUCCAGAAUUUGUCGGUGCCCAGCUGGCUGGGCCUGCUUAUAGAACAGUGUCACCAAGUGGUCUUGAAAGGGAAAUGUUAGAGCGGUUUUUACGGAAAACUCCUGAGACCUGGCUCUUGUAAGAAGGGAGUCUGAGAUAAUCAACGAUAAUGGUUGAACCGAGGUUCUUAAACCAUAUACGUUGCAAUAACGCCACUCUUAUGGUUGCAGUACUGUUGUCCAAUUUUUAAGGCAGAGCAUUUUAGCCAAAAAAAUAAAAUUAGAACAUAAGAUUUGAGAAUGUUUACAAGA